ACGAAAUGUUUAUUAUUUCGUAGAGUAUAGAGAAUUGUGCGAGAGAGCGCUGCAGAGAGCCCGAGUCCAAAAAAGAGGCUAUAUAUAGCACAUGCAUCUAUUUUGUCUAUAAAUACAAAAAGAAAACAAUAUGCCAGAGCAAUCGCACAAGCAGCGUUAACCGUGUGAAUAUAUUUCUAAUUAUUUUGAAAAAAUUUAAAAAAUAUGUCUGCAAACAAUUCGGAAAACGCGGUUGACGGCGAUGUGAACAACAAUGAAACAGCAGAAGCAGCAGCUGCCUGUGGACAGGAUGAACAACAAGAGGAGCAGCAGCCAGUGGGGCAGCCACAAAACGAGCUGCUCGACAUGGUGUUCACAUUGGAGAGCGAAAAACAAGCGUUGCUCGAGGAGUCCCGGAAACGAAUUGGUGCGCUGCGUAAAGAUUUUGAGGAUGCGCGAUGCGAGAAUGAGCGACUACAGAAGCGUGUGGCCAAUUUGGAGCAGUCUCUUAAGCAAUCGGUGAUGCUGGGCGGCAUAGAUGCGCCCAAAUCACGGCAGGAGCAGGAGGAGCUGCUGCUGAAGGCGAAGACGUUGCUUUUUGAGAAGACCAAAGUCAACAAGCAGCAGGAACAACAGAUUGCCGUGCUCAAGGAUCAAGUGGACUCAAUCAAAGACGUUCUGCAGGUGACCAAAGACAUGCUGCAGCUAAAGACCACCGAGUGCGAGCACACCCAAGAGCGCCUCGAAAAGAGUCAGCUGUGGAUCAAGGCCGAGCAGGACAAGUGUGCGCUCACCGAAAAGAAACUGACUAUAUCAAAGUCCGUCUACGACAAGCUGCGUGCAGAGUACGACACACAGUCCAAGAUAUUUAAGGACCUGAAGGCAGCCUAUGAGCAAAAGUUGAAGGUGCUGAGUGUAGCAUUGGCAGAAGCCAAAAAGUAAUUGAACAGUUUAAUAAACUACAUAUGUCAAUUAAAUGCACAAAUUCUUUAUAAGUUCAAUAA